AUGCUGCUGCUGUUCUUCCUCGGGGCGGCCACAAGCAGAUGUCUACACGAUGAGACCCAGAAGUCUGUGAGCCUUCUCAGACCCCCUUUCUCCCAAAUAGCCCCAGACUCCCGCUCCUCCUACCUCAUCCUCCCCAGCUCAUUCGAUCCCCAACCCCUCCGAAUCCAAACCUACUAUAUAGAAGAGCCUAUAUCUGAUAGAGCUUUGGAUCCUGAGGGGGAUCUAAUGAAAGGGGGACUCCGAGCCCUGACUGCAGUGAGAGAGGCUACUCAGCGAAUCCAGGGUGUCCUAGCAGUCCUUCCAGUGCAAGGACCCCUGCUUCUGAGUCGAGACCCUACACAGUACUGUCGUGCUGUCUGGGGAGACCCAGACACCCCAAACUACCACAGGUGCAGCCUCUUGAACCCAGGGUACAAAGGAGAGAGUUGUCUGGGGGUAAAGAUACCUGAUGCCCAUCUCCGUGGUUAUGCCUUGUGGCCAGAGCAGGGUCCCCCACAACUGGUCCAGCCAGAUGGGCCUGGGGUCCAGAACACUGAUUUUCUCCUAUAUGUUCGGAUUGCCCACACUUCCAAGUGCCACCGAGAGCCCUCUGUCAUAGCUUAUGCUGCCUGCUGCCAGCUGAACUCAGAAGACAGGCCCCUUGCUGGUACCAUUGUCUACUGUGCCCAACAUCUCGCCAGCCCCAGCCUCAGCCAUGGUGAUAUUGUCAUGGCCACACUUCAUGAAUUACUCCAUGCCCUGGGCUUCUCUGGACAGCUCUUCAAGAAGUGGCAGACUUGCCCCUCCGGACUCAGGAUUAGAGAAAAUUGUUCUACGAGGCAACAAGUGACAAAGCGAGAUAAGUGGGGACAGCUGCUUCUCACCACCCCAACUGUUAGCCAUAGCCUGGCCAAACACUUGGGAGUAUUAGGGGUUUCUCUGGGCGUUCCCCUGGAAGAAGAGCAGGGCCCUUUGUCCUCACACUGGGAGGCCAGACUGCUUCAGGGUUCUAUAAUGACUGCUACCUUCGAUGGUGCCCAGCACACUCGACUUGACCCAAUCACUCUUGCUGCUUUCCAAGACUCAGGCUGGUAUCAGGUCAACCAUAGUGCUGCAGAGGAGCUGUUGUGGGGCAAGGGAUCUGGUUUAGAAUUUGGCCUGGUGACCACAUGUGGAACCAGUUCCUCAGACUUCUUCUGUACUGGCAGUGGGAUGGGCUGCCACUACCUGCACUUGGACAAGGGAAGCUGCUCCUCAGACCCCACGUUGGAAGGCUGCCGCAUGUACAAGCCCCUUGCCAAUAGAAGUGAAUGCUGGAAGAAGGAAAAUGGGCUCCCAGCUGGGACAGAGAAUCCCCAUGGGGAGAUCUAUCAUUCCCAGAGUCGUUGCUUCCUUGCCAACCUCACCUCACAACUGCUCCCUGGCAACAAGACCAGCCAUCCCUCUCAGAUCCCAAAUCUCAAGGAAGCAGAGCUCACUGGUUAUUGUUACUUACAUCAAUGUACCCAAAGAGGAGCAUAUGAGGUCCAAGUACAGGGAUCACCCUGGGUCUCAUGCUAUCCAGGAAAGGCCAUUCAGAUACCUGGGUACCAUGGACUUCUCUACUGUCCCCGAGGUCGGCUAUGUCAGGAUAAUGCUGUUACUUCUCUACCUCUGAAUCUUUCAACCCAAGACCUGCUAUUACAGCUGUCUUUAGGAUUAGCUGGACCUCCAGAUCACUCACUGGUAAAGGAACAGAAAGAAGAGCUGGCUGAAGCAGUACUGCAGGCUCUAGUGAACAGAGGUGGCAUUGGCAGGUGCUAUUUCCAUAGUCCAUCAAUUACCACUAGCUUGGUGUUCACCGUGUAUAUAUGGAAGUCCCCUGGCUGCCAAGGGCCUUCAGUUGCUAUGCUGUACAAAGCCCUCACCCUGACUCUCCAGGAGAAGCCCUUACAAGUGUAUCAUGGAGAAGCCAGUUUUACCACAGAAUAUAUCAAGUCGCUGGCUACCUUGGACCAUAAUCCUUCCAAAACCCAACUCUUGCUGUCUGUGGGACUCUGCCUACUGCUGCUAAUUCUGGUGGGUGCGAUAGGAACUAUGGCCUAUCAGAAACGAGCAACUCUUCAGGUGGGACCAUCUGCACCUUAA